CUCCUCCCAAACUUUUCUUACCUUCUCUAAAAGUUCUGACCAACCUCAGUGUGACUGGCCAGAGACAACCAGAAGGGCUGAGUGAAUCAGGAAGGAGGAAACCUCCCUGAGCUCCAGCUUCUUCAAUCUCUCAUUAAGUAGCAAAAGGAGCCUGGUCCAUUGAUUGGAGAGUUUUGGCACUGAAGGGGUUCAGUCUUGAAAAAUGACCCAAUCAGUGCAGGUUAAUCCAAAAGUGCCUGAUUUAGGCUCUGCAUUCAUCUAUUCAAGUAAGGAAGAGGCUGACCAGUCGGGCUCUUACUCCGUCCAGACUCCCUAUGGAUUCCAGCUUGACCUGGACUUCCUUAAAUAUGUUGAAGAAAUAGAAAGUGGCCACAAUCUCCGCCGGGCUCCCCUCAGCUCCCGGCGUCCUGGACGGGGGCUCAAGCUUUCCCAGAGGAGUUCAAGUGCUGGGGGACGCACCAGUGGCUGGACAUCCACAGAAUCUCUCGCCUCGCCAGUCAGUGAAGAUGGCAGAGUACCCCCUCCCCCGCCGCCGCGUAACCGCCUCGGCUCAGCACCCUGCGAGGUGUUCUCCAUUUCCCCCGUGAAUCCUCUCAUUGUGCCUCCCCUUUCUGCUGGGGCCAAAGUGCCACCCCCUCCACCGCAGCGAAACCCAAGAGUUGAGCGGACUCUACUGGAAACCAGUCUACGGCUUCAGCAGGAGCAAACCCACCAACACCAGAAUGGUGGACGCCUCCAGCUCGCAGAUCCUCCCAAACAGCUCACAUCCUCCCUAUCUAUUCAGCCUCUGCAGAGCAGCUGGAUUAAACCCAGUCCUCAGACCUCUGGGCGCAGCACUCCAGCUGCUGGCACCACAGUGACCCCAAUCCCUCCCAGCCAGCUGCAGACAGUUAGAGAGCAGAUGGCCACUGCCUUGAAGCAGCUGAAAGAGAUGGAGGAAAGGGUGAAGGGUGUUCCUGCUCUUGAGAAAGAGCUGGCCAAGCUUCGUGCAGAAAAAGACAUGCUUUUGUUAGCCUUAGAGGAGAAGAAAGUAGCCUUGGAGCUUUCCCAGCAGAGGCAACAGUCUAAAGAGUCUUCUACACAAACCACCGAGACCCCUAAGUCUGACCACAGCCGAGUGACUUCACCAACCACUACUGGACAUAAAGGUCUAGUAAAAUCAGGCGAAUUAAAAAGACUGACUGAGAAAUUUGAAGGAAAAGAGCUCAAGUCUCCCCCACCAUUGACUAAAGUUUUACCACAUUCUGCAGAAAAAGAUAAGAAAUCUGUUGCUGUUGGGGAUAAUGUGCCAAUAACCUCUGUAGUUUUCUAUUACAGGGAAGGUGUAAGAGAUGCGUCUGUGUGCACAGAGGUGAACGUAUGUGAUAAAAGAACAGAAACAGACGCUACUGUGGUUCAUGAGCAGGCAACACAGGUCGGAGCAAUGACCAAGGAGGCUGAAGUUUGGGUCAUGGAGUCGUUGCUUGGGCUGACUACAGAGACACAGAGGGAGAUAGACACCUUACAGGACACCAUUAAGUUCCAGCAGGAGUCUAUAGUAGCUUUAGAGAAUCGCCUUACUGUAGCGGACAAAGACAUUGAUCAUCUCAGAACGCAGAUUGAUGAAAGAACCUCUAAAGUCACAGCUGAGAAGGGAGUGCUAGCAAAACCAGACAUGAGAAAUGCCCAGGUAGAAACUUCCCCUUCUGUGUUAAAGCAUACUGCCACUAUGUGCCAGCCUGAGGUAAAACACGUUUCUGUUGGCCAAGACUUGGGCACAGAUCAGACAGAGCAGGGAACACAAACCGAUGCUGUAGUAACAACACCAGAGCCAGAAUCCGUCGAGAGGGUCAGCGUUGAGUGUCAGUGGGAGAUCUUGAGUGAGGAAAAUCCAGAGAAGCAGAAAGUUACAGUGCUAAAGAAGAGACAGCUGACCAUUGCUGAAUACAAGGUGUCGCCAGAUGAAGCAGUUGUUGGUAUAGAAGAGAAACAAACAGGGGAGCAAGAAGACGACCCCAGAGCCAGUGACUCAAAAACAGGUAUGCUGAAAUCAAUCAUGAAGAGAAAGGAUGGGACUAACUCGAGCGAGAGUCGUAAGAAGAGUCUGCAGUUUGUUGGCAUUCUGAAUGGAGGGUAUGAAUCCACCUCUAGUGAAGAAGACGAAGAGGAAGAAGAGGAGGAAGAGGAAGUCGGGAGUUCCUCUGGAGAAAGUGGAGAAGGCGAGUGUCUGGAUAGCACAGAGGAAGAUGAGGCAGCAUUGGAGGAAGAAACUUCAGAAGAGGAGAGAAAUGUCAACCUGGAUGAGAGCGACACGGAUGAGGAAACGCUGAGAGCCACAAACUAUUCAUCAGAUGCUGUGAAAGAAAAGUUUGAGUUCAGCUCAAAAAUGCGAGAAGCCUGUCUAAUUCUGAAGAACCACCUGAACGAUGAUGUGAAAACACUGAAGAGUAAAGAAGUGCUAUCCAGCACCCACACUGUGCAGCUUGAGUGGUUCCGGGUCUCCAGUGCAAAGAUGGCUCAGCCAUCACGGGUUUCUGACUACCUCAUGGCCUUCUCUGAGGUGUCAUCAGCGCUGCUGGAGCAUGUGGUCAACAUGACUGAUGGCAACGGCAACACAGCUCUUCACUACAGUGUCUCCCACUCCAACUUUGGGGUAGUCAGACUGCUGUUGGAUACUGGUGUGUGCUGUGUGGAUAAGCAGAACAAGGCGGGCUACACAGCCAUCAUGUUGGCAGCUCUCUCUACUGUAAAAGAAGAGGAAGACAUGGCUGUGGUGAAGAAGCUCUUCAGCCAGGGGAAUGUCAACGCUAAGGCCAGCCAGGCAGGCCAGACAGCCCUGAUGUUAGCAGUGAGCCACGGACGGCAGGAGAUGGUGCAGGCCCUGCUGGAGUGUGGAGCUGAUGUAAAUGUCCAAGACGACGAGGGAUCCACAGCUCUGAUGUGUGCCAGUGAGCACGGCCGGGCAGAGAUAGUCAAACUGCUCCUGGAACAGCCUGGCUGUGACAUAUCCAUCAUGGACAACGAUGGCAGUAAUGCACUGUCCAUUGCAUUGGAGGCGGCCCACAAUGACACAGCUGUGCUUCUCUAUGCCCAUAUGAACUAUGCAAAGAGCCAGACUGCUCUGGGGAGUCCAAAGGCCCAACCAAGGAGCAGCACAAACCCACACAAGUCCUGGCCCGCAGAUUGACACCACCCCAGCUCUUCGUCUAAGCAGAUGGACCUGCAAAUACAACUGGAUUGGAGCUGUGGAACGCUCAACUGGAAUUUAUUCAAAUACAUUAUUUUAAAUUAAAAUGUACUGCUAUAUGUUCUACCUUUAUAAGUAUUGUUGAUAUGAGAAUACUAUUUUUCCAAAAAUAAUGGUUGUAUUUUGUUAUUACCCGUUGAACUAAAAACAGUAUUUUUUUGUGUAAUGGGAAAUGAAACAUGACAUUAUUUGCACAUAACUAACAUUUUACUGUCAACUGCAGCACACUCAUACAUGCUUAAUUAGAUACACAUGUAGAAGUCUUCAGCUGUUGUUUUACCUGAAAUCUAUCACUCAGAUGACAUUUAAAACCUGCUCUACUCUUGCUAUCCUAUCCAUUUUCAUUUACCAGAUGUGCUAAGCACCUCAAUCCUGUUACUUUGCUUCUUCUGUAAAGUGUUGGUCAGAAUAAAAAAAAAUACACCUACAUUUAAAGCUCGGAAUUUACAAUAUUUUAAGAUAUUUUUUUGUUAAACAGAAUGUAAUGCUUAAAAAUUGUAAUCAGCAAUGUAUGUUAAAUAUA